CAGGUAUUGCAGAUAAUGCGACAAAACGGUCAAGUUAGAGAGCAUGCAGAAAAUGGAUCUAUUACGGCGGUAUGCUUCAGCAGUUAUGAUCAGAUACGGCUGUACAAUCAAUAUCCCGAAGUCGUGUGUAUUGAUUCUACUUAUAAAACUAAUAAUAAAAAGUGAAUAUGAUUUUCGUUUUGUUCUACUAUGUAGGUAUUCAUUAUUCCAGUUAGUGGUAACAGACAAUUGGGGUCGAGGUCGAACUGUUAUGUCUGCAUGGACAAAAAAAGAAAAGCGUGCUGAUGUUACGUGGAUUUUGGAUAAAUUCAAGGAGAUAAUGGGUAACACGACCAAAACAGAAACAUUUGUGAUGGAUUGCGCACGAUCUGAAAGCGCGGCUGUCCGUAUAACACACGGGCAUGCAAACAUUAUUUUGUGCGCCUUUCAUGUGAUUCGCGCUUUCCGGAAAAAGACAAAUGAUAAAAUACUAAAAACCUACUUGACUCGACUGGUAACCGCAGAAACGGUCGGAAGGUAAUUUUUUAAUGUAUUUAUUCACUAGAUUUAAUCAAUAUUACAGAAUAAUAAACCGCAGAGACAGUGAUAGGCCAGUACCUAUCACGUUUCUGGAUGCCACGUAAAACAAUGUGGGCGCGUGCCUUUUACGGCAGUGUAUUAACUUUGGGUAACAACACGAAUAAUCGUGUUGAGUCAUUAAAUAGGCAGAUUAAAAGAUAUGUACGCAAAAGCGACAGCUUGCACAAAUGCAUGUACAAGGCUUUUAAGUGGAGUUCAAUGACAUUCUCUAGAAAAAGCAUGGAAGACCAAAUAAUCAGUGGACGAACAUACAAUUAUGAUGCUCCACAGCGUCUUAUACCCUUGCUGAACAUGUUGACCCCAUUCGCAAGAUCCAAAGUGUUAUACGAACUAAAAAAAAAUGCGUUUCGUUAACUUAGAAUAUGAAAGCGGCGAGUGGUUGUUUAUGCUUGACCGCGGACAACAUUACGAAGUAGAUGUAAGUAUUUGUGAAUGCAAUUGUAGCACGUUUAAUAUGUGUCGAUAUCCGUGCCGCCAUCUCCUGCUGGCAUAUAUUAAAAGACGAAGUCUAACAGGUAAGCUAUUUAAAUUAUAAAAUAUAAACUGCAUAGCUCAUCAACUUCUUAGGUGUUGCUGUAGAUGGAAAUUAGACAAUACGCACAAUUUACAAAACAACACAGUAAUUUCAUUACGGAGACGAAGUAAAGAA